AUGGCUGGAUUAAUGGAUAAAGCGAAGGAAUUCGUGGCGGAGAAGGUGGCAAACAUGGAUAAGCCGGAGGCGACGGUGAAGAACGUCGAUCUGAAAGAAGUCAGCUGUCAAUGCAUAACCUACAAGGCCGACGUCAAUGUCUCCAAUCCUUACAGCACUUCUAUUCCGAUCUGCCAGAUCUCUUAUACCUUCAAAAGCGCCGACAGGGUGAUCGCUGAAGGUUCGAUCCCAGACCCUGGGUCGCUAAAAGCCAAAGCGGAUACGAUGCUAGACGUUGGGGUGAAGGUGCCACAUAGCGUGUUAAUGAGCUUGAUGAGGGACAUUGGUGCAGAUUGGGACAUAGAUUAUGAACUCAAUAUUAUUCUCACAGUUGAUCUUCCGGUCGUCGGUAACCUCAACAUUCCGGUGAACAGUAAGGGUGAGAUCAAGCUUCCUACGCUGUCCAGUUUAAUGGGUGCAGGUGCUACUUCUUAAAAUCAACAAUGGUAAAAUCCAUAUGAUAUGAUACUUGUAUAUAUGCAAAGGAUGAUAUGUUAAAAUAAUAAUCCUGUUAUGAUCAAA